AUGCGGAGCCUGCAGCUCUGGCUGAUCAGUUGGGCUCUGAGAUUUGCGCCGGCAAGGGCCAAAAGCUGGCGCCCGAAUACGGUCAACUGGCUCCUGUUCGACCAUCCGUCUGCAUUAUGGGAUCCCCCCUUCUGUGCAACAAGGGUAGUGUCCAUCAUGAUGGACUUCAUCGAUGCUGCACAACAGGUUGUUGCCAUGACCGGCGACUGCAUAGGCGAACUAGAAGACCCUCCGAACUGUGCUAACGACAUCUUCGGCUUCAUGACCGACAUCGUGGACAUCGCGGAUUCCUCAGCAGCCAUUGCCAUGGCCUGCGCUGGCGAAGUUACGACUUGCGAGCAGACCGCAAUGGAUAACUGCGAGGAUGGCCUGGGAAUCGCGCAGGACCUGAUCGGAGCUUCAGGCAACUGCGACCUUGAUGAUUUCCUUUGCAUCAUCAACGUUGUGGAUACAGCGUAUCACUUGAUCAGCUGGGCAACGGACAUCAAAGCAGCGACCCAGGUUUGCCCCAAGGCGCACAGGGCAUAUUUCCAGAGAUGGCUCCAUAAAGAACAUGCCGACUGGUUUAAGUACAGCCGCCUGUUGAACCAGAGUUCAGGCUCAGGCAGUAACGAAGCGGCGACUGUGAUCCCUGAAGCCAAUGUCAGCCCGCUUUACAAGAACGUAAUCAACGGCGACGUGCUGAAGACGUACAAAAGGACCCCCACGAG